AUGAUUCGACAAAUUCAGAAAAGGCGGGCAGGGUCAGAUGCCAUCCCUCUCGUUCUAUUCCAUGACGCCAGCGGUACUAUCUCCAGCUAUUACGGUCUCGGUUCUCUUGGCCGUGAUGUAUAUGCGAUCGCAGAUCCACAAAUUGGAAGCGACAAGCAUGAGAGUCUCACUAGUAUGAGUCGUCGGUAUUAUGCUGCUAUCAAAAAAAUCAUUCCAGAGGGCAGGAUACUGGUCGGCGGCUGGUCGCUAGGUGGCAUGAUAGCACUUCAAGUCGCAUGGAUUUUUGCCCGGGACACUAGAACAGAAGUGGUCGGCGUCAUCAUGGUGGAUAGUCCUUUCCCUGCCUACCUUGGUUUACUUGCCAUCGAUCUGGAUUCUCCCACCUCGGAACAUGGGCCAGACCAGGCGAGAAACCAGUUGGAGAAAGCUAUGUUACGAACGGUGAACAUGUUGCAAGAUUGGCGUACUCCCGUAUGGCGGCAGAAGCAGCGGCCAGCCACAGUCAUGUUGUGUGCUAAGCAGUGUGUGGCUUGUGAAAGCCAACCGGCCUUGGGCUUAAUCGAUCAAUUCAGAGACAGUCCGACACUUGGAUGGAAUGAGCGGGCGGGCUCACUAAUCGAUAAGAGCUAUUCGAUCGAAGGCCAACAUUUCGACAUCUUUCAGUCUGCAAAUGUGAGUGCAGUUUCUCUUACCUGA